UCCAGGGACAAAAAAAGUUGGUCGCAUUGUUUUGGAAUUAUUUGCAGAUAUUGUACCCAAAACUGCAGAAAAUUUUUGUGCAUUGUGUACAGGAGAAAAAGGCAUUGGACCCACCACUGGGAAACCUCUCCAUUUCAAAGGAUGCCCUUUCCAUUGAACUAUGUAUGCAUCUUCUGAAUCUGAUUCUUCUUAUAGUUAUUAGGAAAUUUAUGAUUCAGGGUAGAGACUUCUCAAAUCAGAAUGGGACAGGUGGAGAAAGUAUUUAUGGUGAAAAAUUUGAAGAUGAAAUUUUCCAUUAUAAGCACGACCGGGAGGGGCUGCUGAGCGUGGCGAAUGCGGCCAGCAACACAGACGGCUCUCAGUUCCUCAUCACCGCGGCUCCGGCGCCUCACUUGGAUGGGAAGCACGUGGUGUUUGGCCAAGUGAUGAAAGGAAUGGGUGUGGCAAGGAUUCUGGAAAGUGUGGAGGUGAAAGGGGAAAAACCUGCCAAAUUGUGUGUUAUUGCAGAAUGCAGAGAGCUGAAGGAAGGGGAUGAUUGGGGAAUAUUCCCAAAAGAUGGAUCUGGUGACAGUCAUCCAGACUUCCCUGAGGAUGCAGGCAUAGAUUUAAAGGACGUAGAUAAAAUUUUAUUAGUAAAGGAACACUUAAAAAACAUUGGAAAUACUUUUUUCAAAUUCCAGAACUGGGAGAUGGCCAUUAAAAAAUACACAAAAGUUUUAAGGUAUGUCGAAGGCUCGAAGGCUGCUACGGAGAAUGCAGGUGGGGCAAAGCUGCAGCCUGUCGCUUUGAGCUGUGUGCUGAAUAUCGGCGCUUGCAAACUGAAGAUGUGUGAUUGGCAGGGAGCAGUCGACAGUUGUUUGGAGGCCCUUGAAAUAGACCCAGCAAAUACCAAAGCACUGCACCGUAGAGCCCAAGGAUGGCAAGGAUUAAAAGAAUAUGAUCAAGCGUUGGCUGAUCUUAAAAAAGCUCAGGAGAUAGCACCAGAAGAUAAAGCUAUCUAGGCAGAAUUGCUGAAAGUCAAGCAAAAGAUAAAGGCACAGAAAGAUAAAGAGAAGGCAGCUUAUGCAAAAAUGUUUGCUUCAUAAGGAAUUGAGUUUUGCUUAAGUAUGCACUGCCUGUGUGAAGCAAGUAAGACAAUUUGGGGGUUUUGUCUAUUACGUAUGAUCCAGAAUGUGUUCCUUCUGAUACUUCAGUUCUCAUUGUUUACAGUCUAGGAAUACGGGUAGGGAUUCACUCUUAAUAGACCAGUGCUACAAAAUACGGUGAAGCUGAUUUUGUUUUAAAUGGCUCUCUGCAUUAUUCACAAAGGAUAAUGGUGUCCAGCAUGUUUUAAACACCUAAAGACACAUCUUGUUUGAAUAAACAGAUGAAAACUUAAGUAUAUGUACUGUUUUUCUCAAUUCAUUGAUGCAUCUCUCUGUGAUAUGUGUUCAGGGUGAGCAGACUUCUCUAAAGGGUCGAAUAGACAUUCUAGUCUGUCACAGCUACUCAGUUCUGCACUUGGAGCUCAAAAGCAGCCAUCCACAAUAUGUAAACCAGGAGGCAUUGCUGUGUCCGGUAACACUGUUCAUAAGAAGAGUGGUGGGCUAGAAGCCAACCUCUGGUCUAGAAGAUACACUUUACCUGAAGAGUUGAACUUGACAAGUCAAAUGUACAUUAAAGGCCAGUAGUGUAUUUUGCUGUUGGUACUGAAUCUUGGAAGAAUUGGAGAGUAAAUGCUACA